AUGACGGGUGGGGUUGUUUGUUUGUUUUUUCAGGAUGGAACUUUUUGUAUAAGAGAAAGUGUCGAGUAAAGCAAACAGUUCUCUAAUCAGAGUAAAGUCUGGUAUACUGUGACAUUUAGCGCCUUUUUUCUACUUUAGCGAUGGGCCUAACUGCAGGCACAUUCCCAACUGUACAGUAAUAAUAAUGAGUGAACCGGGGCUUCUCAUUGGCCCGGGCAGCAGCCAAUGGAAAGGCAGGAAAUGAGUCACAGCCCAGCAGUCAAGGUGUUCCUCUGUAUUUGGGCUCAGCAACACAAAGAUAAGGAGCAAUGGCUGUGGCUAACUUCCAGUACAUAACUCGGAUGAGCAGUGGCUUCAAGGUCUACAUUUUAGAAGGUCAGCCUCAUCUCAGAAGCGAAGACAGAUACAGACAUAUGACACAUGACCGGGCUCGAACCCAAACGGUGUAUCCAAUCAAACGCAAGCGCAGCCACGAGAGAGGUCUGACUUUGGAGGAAAGACGAGAGCGAGCGAUGAGCCGAAGCAGGCUGGCCCAGCGAGCAGCCCCAGCAGUGUUCAGCAGCCAGCAGAGUCCAACACAAACCCUGAGUCCAACACCCAGCCCCACCAGCCCUCUGCCCACCCAUGUGUACUACACACCAGUCAUGGAUGAACCCCUUGCCCUCAUCAAGAAACCCAGAAAAGAAACUGAAAGCGCAGAGGAAAAGAAUAAAGGCACCUCUUCCAGUCAAAUCCAGAUACGUCCCUCUGUGAUCACUUGUGCCUCCUCGUUACGAAACCCCUCUUCAAGAUCCGUGGGCCACUCAUCAGUGGUUCCCAAAGACAACUAUGAUAACGUCCUCGAGGAGCAUUUCCAGAGGAGCUUGGGUGUUCACUACCAGAAAGCUCAGUCCCGGCAGCUCUCCAUCAGUGUGUCCGUCGACGACCACUUUGCCAAGGCUUUGGGAGACAAGUGGCUACAGAUUAAAUCCAAGUCUUCCUCCUGUUCUUCCACACCGCCCAGCAGUCCAAGUGUCACUCACUCCCCCACCUACAGCCACAGCCCAAAUCUGUGCCGCAAAGAGUCCACAAGCAGCUCAGUGCUAACGCCCAGCCACUGGAAUGUCAAUUAAAGUAGAAACGGCAUCUGAUCCUGGUGGAAACUGGACUCUUUGAGACUUUUAACAUUUCACUGCCACUCUGCAGAUGGCUCUGCUGUCUGUCUGGCUGCAAAUGCCAGUGCAGGAGUUGACAGAGCGAGCUUACAGAUGCAGGAGUGCUGUCAAUUUGGAUCUCUGCGUCUACAAGCUUAAUACAGCAACACAAACAAAUGUAGCAUUAUUUGGGACAUUGACAUAUUUUGUUACAUUUCUAUCCUCCGCUUGCUUGAUAGCAUUUGAAAAGCUGAGAUAAUGUAGAUGGUGAUGUGGGAUGAUUGGGGAAAAAAUCCUUUACAUUUCUUUUUGUAAAUGUGUCAUUUCUCUGAAUGCCAGUUACACUGUAUUAUAUUUAUAAUCUGAUACCCCUGGGUGCUUUACAGUCUAAGUGACUAGCCUAUCUGCUGUAAAAUGUGCUUUUAAACUGUACACAAACCAGACGAUUAA